GCAACGGCGUGCUUAUGCGUGUGAGCUGCAGAGGCCCCAUGUGGUGACGGGGCGGGCGGUGGAACCCCGCGCAGCCACUGGAGCUCCAGCAUCGCAACUUGGGCGUGGGCACACCGCCACUGCGCGAGAUUGCUAUACAUACAUAUCUGAGGCCUCCCGACGGACGCCAGACGCAAGAGUGAAGGAGCGCAGACCAGCGCAUGCAGUGCCACGAGAGCCGCGCCAGCUGGUGAACAGCACGACUUGGCCACGCUAUCCUUGUCCCUCCGUGUCCGUCGUCCCGCUGGCUAUCGAUUGCCCGUGGAUGCCUGCGACGCGACCGCGCGAGCGCCGUCACCACCCCUCGCAGCCGCACUCGCCCGCGACCGCAGACCCGAGCGAUUGCCGCAGCGCUCGCACUCCCGCUGCCCUUCCGCGCCCGCCAUUCCGCUCACCAAGCCCAACCCCUUCGCUGCGCACGCGGCGCCAGGCAGCACCAUGGCGACGCAGAUCCCCAUGAUCUCGGUGCCGCUGAAGCAGACCAACGAGAUCGACUGGGUGCAGCCAUUGAAGGGCUACAUACGGCAGACGUACGGCGACGACCCCGAGCGCUAUGCCGAAGAAUGCGCGACCCUCAAUCGCCUGCGCCAGGACAUGCGGGGCGCGGGCAAGGACAGCGCCGCGGGGCGGGACCUGCUGUACCGGUACUACGGCCAGCUGGAGCUGCUGGACCUGCGCUUCCCCGUCGACGAGAACCACAUCAAGAUCAGCUUCACGUGGUUCGACGCCUUCACGCACAAGCCCACCUCGCAGUACUCGCUCGCCUACGAGAAGGCGAGCAUCAUCUUCAACAUCUCCGCCGUGCUGUCGUGCCACGCCGCCCACCAGAACCGCCAUGAGGAGGUCGGGCUCAAGACGGCCUACCACUCGUUCCAGGCCUCGGCCGGCAUGUUCACCUACAUCAACGAGAACUUCCUGCACGCGCCGAGCCAGGACCUGGGCCGCGAGACGGUCAAGUGCCUGAUCAACGUCAUGCUGGCCCAGGCGCAGGAGGUCUUCCUCGAGAAGCAGAUCGUGGACGGCAAGAAGGUCGGCCUGCUGGCCAAGCUGGCGAGCCAGGCCGCCUUCCUGUACUCGCAGGCCAGCGAGGGCGCCCAGGAGAACGUCACGAACGCCGUGUUUGAGAAGGUGUGGCUGCUGGUCGUCCAGAUCAAGACGAACCACAUGGCAUCGGUGGCGCAGUACUUCCAGGCGCUGGCCGACGACGACGCGAACUCACACGGCGUCGCCAUCUGCAGGCUGCAGGCCGCCGAGACGAGCGCGCGAGACGCCAAUCGCGGCGCCAACAGCUUCCCCAACUCGGUGCCCGCCAACUCGAACCUGACCGCCGAGACCCACGGGAUACUGGCCGAGAUGACGAAGAAGCACCUCACCAAUGUGCAGGAGAAGCUGCAGGAGUUCAUGAAAGACAACGACUUCAUCUACCACCAGGGCAUCCCGAACGAGGCUUCGCUGACGGCGAUACCGAAGCUGCCCGCGGCGAAGGCGAUACCUGUCAGCGAGCUGUACCAGGGCCAGGACAUCCAGAGGAUCAUCGGGCCUGACAUCUUCCAGAAGAUCGUACCCCUGGCCGUCACGGAAUCUGCAAGUCUGUACGACGAAGAAAAGGCGAAGCUGAUCCGUGCCGAGAGCGAGAGAGUCGAGGUUGCCAACGACGAAAUGGCUGCGAGUCUCGACUACCUCAAACUCCCGGACAGCUUGAACGUGCUGCGCGGCGGAAUGGACCAGGACAUGAUGGUGGACUCGGACUUCCGCAAGUGGUGCGAGGACCUUGCCGGGCACCAGUCGUUCGCCUCGGCCUUUGACCAGCUCAACCGCGACAAAUCGGACAUCUCCGGCCAGCUGGACACGAGCAUGAAGCAGCUGGACAUGGAGGAGAGCGUGUGCGAGAAGAUGCGGUCCAAGUACGGGCCCGAGUGGACACAGCAGCCCAGUUCGCGACUCACCGCGACGCUGCGAAACGAUAUUAGAAACUACCGCGGCGCGAUUGAGGAGGCGAGCACGAGCGAUGCGCAGCUGUACAACACGUUCCGCCAGUGUGAAGCCGACUUUGACGAGAUGCGCUCCGCCGGCGAGACUGACGAGGCGGACGUGCUGUACCAGAGAGCUAUGAUCAAGGCCGGUGCGCAGAAGGGGAAGAGCCCCGGGCCCGCGCAGGGCAGCCUCAUUGACGAUGACUUUGACGAUGGGCCGACUGUUGCUGAUCAGAUCGCGGCCGUUGAGGACCUGCUGCGGAAGCUGAACUUGGUCAAAAAGGAGCGAACGCAGAUACUGACCGAUUUGAAGAGCAAGGUCCACUCCGACGACAUCUCCAACGUCCUCAUCCUCAACAAGAAAGCUAUUGCCAACCAAGAGUCACAGCUCUUCAAAGCUGAGCUCGAGAAGUUCCGACCGCACCAGAACCGCAUUCUGCAGGCCAACCACAAGCAAGCGUCGCUGCUCAAGGAGCUCACACGAACCUACUCGGAUCUCCUCAAGGACAAGCGCGUGCGAACCGAGCAAAGCAAAUACGAGGCCUUCUCGAGACAGCGCAAUUCAGUCAUGACCAAGUACAGGCGUAUCAAUCAGAGCUUCAACGACCUGAUCGCCGGCCUCCAGCGCGCCCAGCAGUUCUACUCAGAGAUGAAGGAAACCGUCUCCAGUCUCCAAAAGAACGUCGAAACCUUUGUCAACAACCGCCGCUCCGAAGGCGGCCAGCUCCUCGCCCGCAUCGAGGCCACCAAGUCCUCCGGCGCCGACACCGAACACCAGCGCAUGAAAGACCUCAUGGAGCGCAUGUCCAUGGAGCCCUCGCACAGCCCCGUCUCCGCCGGCAGCUCCGGCCGCAAGAAAUCCGUCCCGCCGCCGCUGCCGCUGUCCGCGACCUCCGGCUACCCGUCCACCUCGCACAUGGCCUACAACCCCGCGGCCUCGCCGCCCGUGACCCCGCGCUACCCCCCACCCGCGCAGCCCUUCAUGUCGCCCCCGCAGCAGUCAUACGCCCAGAACAACCAGGGCUUCCAGCCCCCGCCGCCCCGCCGCGAAUCCUACCAGUAUGCUACGCAGAAUCAGCCGUAUAAUCCCGCGCAGCACGCGUAUAACCCCGCUUCGCCGCCCGCGCACCAGCAGUUCUUCUCCCCGCCGCCGCAGCUCCAGCAACAUGGUCAGCAGGGCCAGCAGGGUCAGGGCCAGUGGGGCCAGAACCAGUGGGGCCAGGCCGUGCCGCAGGGCUACGUGCCGCCGCCGCCGCCGCCGGGGCCGCCGCCGCUGCAGCAACAAUCACAACAGCAGCAGGGGCAGCAGCAAGGGCAGGAGUACCCCGGUUUCGGCGGCUACGGGGGGCAGGGCCAGGGGCAGGGCGGGUACGCGCAGGGCGCGAGGGGCCAGGGCCAGGGGGGGCAGGGGGAUCCGUGGGCGGGGUUGAGUGGGUGGAAGUAG